AUGGAAGAGACAUCUUCUUCGUCGAUGCAUUCUAGUGAUGCUAUAGGUGAAAGAACGACAGUGAUAACUACGACAGAAUCAACCUUUACAUCGGACAAUCCCGAAGAAUCAUCAACAAACCAAAUGAAGCUCUCAAAAUCUUCUCCAUUGUCGCAUUUUGGCGAGGUUAUAGGUGAAACAACAGUAAUACUGUCAACGAUAAACUCUGAAUCUAACAAUACGCCAUCAAAUACCGAAGAAUCAUUCACUAACCAAGUGAAAAAGACAACAUCUUCUCAUUUGAUACAUCCGUCAUCUGGUGAGGUUAUAGAUGAAACAACAACAGAGUUUGCGAUUACAUCAGGAAAUACAACAGAAUCAUCAACAAAGCAGGUGGAACUCUCGACGUCGUCUCCACUGACGGAUUCUGGCGAGGUUAUAGAUGAAACAACAAUAAUGAUGUCAACGACAGCUACUACCACUACAUCACGAAAAACAGACGAAUCGUCAGCAAAUCAAAUAGAAGAGACUACACCUUCUCCAUUAACGCAUAUGUCAUCUGAUGAGGUUAUAGGUGAAACAGCAUCUAUGCUGAGAAGUACAGACUCGGAAUCGAAGAAUCCACCAUCAAAUACCGAAGAAUCAUUUACUAACCAAGUAAAAGAGAAUACGUCUUCUCUUUUGACGCAUCCGUCAUCUGGUGAGGCUAUAGAUGAAACAACGACAGAGUCUACCAUUACAUUAGGAAAUACAGUGGAAUCAUCAACAAAUCGAAUAGAAGAGACUGCAUCUUUUCAUUUGACGCAUUUAUCAACUGAUGUGGUAAAAGGUGAAACAACGACAAUGUUUCCAACGACAGAGUCUACCUUUACAUUACCCAGUACUGAAGAAUCAUCAACAAACCAAAUGGAAGAAACUACAUCUUCUACAUUAACGCUCUCGUCAACUACUGGAGUUAACGGUGGAAUAGCAAUAAUGCUGUCAACGACAAAACCUACCGUUACAAUAGUAAACACAGCGGAAUCAUCAACAAACCAAAUGGAAGAGACAUCUUCUUCGUCGAUGCAUUCUAGUGAUGCUAUAGGUGAAAGAACGACAAUGAUAACUACGACAGAAUCUACCUUUACAUCGGACAAUCCCGAAGAAUCAUCAACAAACCAAAUGAAGCUCUCAAAAUCUUCUCCAUUGUCGCAUUUUGGCGAGGUUAUAGGUGAAACAACAGUAAUACUGUCAACGAUAAACUCUGAAUCUAACAAUACGCCAUCAAAUACCGAAGAAUCAUUCACUAACCAAGUGAAAGAGACAACGUUUUCUCGUUUGAUGCAUUCGUCAUCUGGUGAGGUCAUAGAUGAAACAACAACAGAGUUUGCGAUUACAUCAGGAAAUACAACAGAAUCAUCAACAAGGCAGGUGGAACUCUCGACGUCGUCUCCACUGACGGAUUCUGGCGAGGUUAUAGAUGAAACAACAAUAAUGAUGUCAACGACAGCGCCUACCACUACAUCAGAAAAUACAGGAGAAUCAUCGACAAUUCAAAUAGAAGAGACUACAUAUUCUACAUUUACGCAUUCUUCAUCGGAUGAGGUUAUAGGAGAAACAACACUAAUAUUGUCAAGGACAGACUCCGAAUCUAACAAAACACCAUCAAAUACCGAAGAAUCAUUUACUAACCAAGUAAAAGAGACAACACCUUCUCUUUCAACGCAUCCUUCAACUGGUGAGGCUAUAGAUGAAACAACGACAGAGUCUGCCAUUAUCUCAGGAAAUAUAGCGGAAUCAUCAACAAAUCAAAUAGAAGAGACUACGUUUUCUCCUUUGACAGAUUUCGCAACUGGAGAGGUUAAAGGUGAAACAACGGCAAUGUUUCCAACGACAGAGUUUACCAUUACAUCACAAAAUACUAAGGAAUCGUUAACAAACCAAAUGGAAAACACUACAUCUUCUCCAUUAACAGAACCAUCAACAACACGUGUUUCAGCAUCUCCAGAAAUUUCAGUAACUAUUCAGACUUCACACAGUGUGUCUGUGACGUUAGGAAAACCAGGGACUCCAAAUACAGGUAAAGGGACGUGGAUACUUUCCAGUAAAUAA